CAUUAAGAAAUAAAAAUUGAAUUGAAGGAAAAAAUCUGUAAUUCAGGAAAUAGAUAAGUUUUAUUAUUAUAAAAUAACAAUAAAAUCAGAGUAAUUAAAUUGUUUCUACAGGCAAUUCUUACACAAUUGAAACAUUGUAGAAAUUGGUCAUAAUGUCCGAAUCAUACGAAUAUCUAUUUAAAUUCUUAGUAAUUGGAAGUGCUGGUGCAGGCAAAUCAAGUCUACUAAACAAUUUUAUAGGAAACAAAUUCAAAGAAGAUAGAUGUCACACUAUUGGUGUUGAAUUUGGUUCCAAAAUUGUAAAUAUUGGUGGGAAAUCUACAAAGUUACAGAUAUGGGAUACAGCAGGGCAGGAGAGGUUCCGCUCUGUGACGCGAUCUUAUUACCGCGGUGCUGCUGGAGCCCUGCUCGUAUAUGACGUCACAUCGCGCGACUCUUUCAAUGCCCUCGUCAACUGGUUGAGAGAUGCUCGCACUCUAGCCAGUCCUAACAUUGUCAUAUUACUCGUGGGCAACAAAAAAGAUUUGGAGGAAUCCCGGGAAGUAACAUUUACAGAGGCUAGUCAAUUUGCCCAAGAUAAUGAAUUAAUGUUCCUCGAAACCAGUGCUAAAACCGGGGAGAAUGUAGAGGAAGCUUUCUUGAAAUGUUCUAAAACAAUUCUCGCUAAAAUCGAAACUGGAGAACUGGAUCCAGAAAGAAUAGGUUCAGGUAUUCAGUAUGGCACAGCGACAUCGAAGAGACUGACCGCACCAAAGAAACCUCCAAGAACUCCAUCCGACUGCGCCUGCCACGUCUAAAGUUAGUAUAUUGUAUGAUAUAACUUAACUCUUAAGGUUAUUGAAUAUUUGAUUAAGCUAUUAUUGUUAUUAAUUUGACUUUAUCACUCUCUUUUAAAAUGUUUGACAUGACAUGAAAAUUUUGAUUAUAAGUUAUUUACUAAAAGACUUUGUUAUUGUGUUGUAAAUGCAAUAACAAUCUUAAUAAAAUUCUGUGAAGCGAAUCUCAGUAUUUGAAUUUCACUUGGUUCAACUGAUUUUUAAUGUAAUGGUUGUAUCUCUGUGAAUCUUCAUAUUGUUAAUUGUAUAAUAAUAAGUAAUUAAUGGUAUAUUAUGAUCUGUGAAUAUAAUAUAAGACUAGUGGAACUCUCUGUACUACUUAAUGAUGCUAUUCACCAAAAAGUAUAACUAUUUUUCUGAUAUUUAUGAAAAUGCAGUUUGAACUAUUAACUACUUGCAUAUUGGUUACUUUCGAAAGAGUAUGAAAUAAUCUUGAAACAGUCCAAAAUUGGAAAUUAUUCUAUGGUUGUAUAUUCUAUAACAGUCAUCCUUUAAGUCUGAAAUAUUGUUGAAUAUUUUAUAUAAUUUGGUGUCAAAUGUAGAAUCAAUUAGAAAAUUAACAUCCCAAACACAGUAUUAAGUGCCCUCUAAAUUAUGUUGAAUUUAUUUUUUUCCAAGAGCUUCUAUAGCAAGAUAGAUGUUUUAUGAAAACAGCUGAAUAAAUACUAAGUAAAAUAAAAUUAAAGUAUCAUUGUUCUUGGUAAAUCUUGGUUCUUGUCUUUUUAUGAAGCAUUGUUUGAAUUAUUUUUAUUGUAAUAGUUGGCUUUUAAGUGAAAACUGUAGUUAGAAUUCAGUUCAUAUUCAGUUUGUUAAAAAACUCACAGCUUUUUAGAUGUUUGAUGUAAAAAUGUUAUAUAGUAGGGGAGCCGAAGAAGGGAUUUUUGCAGUUACUCAAUUGCAGCAGAUGCACAUAAGGGGUUCUUAAUAUUGGUGGGUUAAACAUGCCCACCAAUAUUAAGAUCCUAAGCAAUCAAAAAAAAAUCUUAUCUACCAAAUCUAAUCGAUUCCAAUGACGCUUUAGUAACUGCAAAUUUAGCAUCUCGGGCUCCGCUAAUAUUAUGAUGUUUGCAAAGAUAGACAACACACUUCAAUUGUUCUUGAAUCAAUGUAUUUUUAAUUAAUUAAUGUGCUUGUACUGUCAAUAUAUUUGUGACAAUAAAGAAAAAAUAAAUGAAUAUCUCAUUUAAUUUCUUUACAAACAAAACUUAGCUGAGCUGAUGAGCUAUUUGUUAAAUCUAUAUUUAGAGAAUAAAAGCUGAAAAAAAACUAUUUCAUGGAAUUCAUGGUUCUAAGAAAUAUUUGUCUCCUAAAAAUAUGUUAAGUAAGCUUGAAGGUCUAAAGACAUUGAUGAAAUGACUUGAAGCCUGCUGAUGUAGAUGACAUGAAGUAUAAUAGUGUAUCGUACUGAAAUUUUCUUUUUGGCUCCUGUUGAAUAUUAACUGAUUUAUCAUGUUGCAAUAUAAUAUCCAUGCAAAAAAAUAGUCUUUGGCUUUUGACAUUACCAAAUUAGAAAAUAUUUUUACGUCAAAAUGUUUCAAAUUUUAUUAAUGUUAUUUGGAUACUCAAUAAAAAUAUAAAGGUGGGUAUUUAGUAAAUAAUAAAAAAUACUCAUUCUUUAAAAAUUUAUUCUUGCAAUUAUUAACAUUAUUUUAGCUCUAGAUUUGGAGCUAACUAAAAUAUAAUUAAAUAUAUCGUGAAUACAAUAUCAGUUUAUAAAUUACUUAAUUAAUUAAAUAUUUAUAAAAUAUUUCUCCAUUUCUUUUAAGACUGAUCAAAAGAUUUAUUAUUGUAAAAAUAAUACAAAAUUUAAUAUUUAUAGGGUCACGUGAUUUUACAGUUUUGUCGAAAAUAUUUCAAAUUACAUACAUUACGUGAACAUAUUAUCAACCUUUUAUCCCUAAUUGGUGGCGAUAUGUACAUUUCUGCUUGUCAAACAUAUCCAAGGUAAUAAUGAAUUAAAGACCCAUUUAAUGUCAUCAUUGAUUCUCAUGUGGAAUGUAUGAAACUUCGAUUUUAAGCAGAAAGUUAAGGACAUUUUUUCCAUUGCCAUCAUUCUUACACAUUGUAGAUAAUAGACAAAUUGGUGACAAAUUAAAAAAUAAAUCAUAAUUUUUAGCAAAGCCAUGGAAAACACAAAAAAUAAAUACUUACAUAAUUCAAUAAUAAGUUUUGUACAAUUUCAGAAAAGUAGAUAGGUAGUUUUGUGUACUAGGACCUAUUUGCUUUAUAGCAACCAACAUGUUUUUGGAUUAAACUUAUAGCUAAAAUCUAACCAAGUAAAUAAUCCAAAAACUAAGUAAACAUUUAGGUAUUUAUUAGUACCUAUUAACUAAUAACCUGAAAAAAAUUACUCUUAUGUGAAAGUAGCGUGAGAAACCAAAUUACUCGUAAUUUAGAUAUAUAAGUACGAAUAUAAUACAUAAUAUAUUGUCUCGUACGUAAUUAACGCUAAAAUUUAUUUAUAUUUCGUAUCUUGGCCCUGAUUUAUUUUAAGAUUUUCUUUUAGCUUUGAACUUAAAAGAAUAAAUAUGUUAGCUAUCAAAGUGCAUUUUUUAUAUUCAAAUCUUCAAUGAUACUUUCGAUGUAACAAACUUAUUAAUUUCUUGGCUAAUACCAUAGUAUAAUAUGCGUCAAUCUUUGAGUCUGACAGGAAUAUAGGUAGUAUAUCUCCUCAGUUUAAUCCAGGGUUGCCACCUUUAGGGAAAAAAAUCGGCACAAUUGGGCAUCCAUCAGAGACGUUCAGCGUUUGGUCUAAUCAAAAUAUGACACAUGUGAGACAGUGUAAGGAAAAAGAAUUUAUUUUAUAUAAUUAAUUUUUCCAUACAUAUUUCUUGUUGUUUUACGAGCCGCUCCUUUCGCAUAUUGUAAAAAAUCGGGACAAAAUCGAUAGGCCGUCGGGACGCGGGCCCUCGUCUUUAAAAUCGGGACUGUCCUGGCAAAAUCGGGACGGUGGCAACUCUGGUACAAUGUGUUGAAAUUGAGAGCCAACUAGAAGUUUAGUGCAUUGCAUAUACUACAAUAAUAUAGUAAACACAGGGCCUUCAUACUCUAUUGUAAUUGUAUCAUGUCAAACUUGACCUUACAAAAUAUUUCGUGCGUAGUUUCGAUAUCGCAAAAUGUAUGUCUGUGAGUUGAUCGUAAACUAUCUACCUAUCUAGAAAGAUAAGAUAACGGAAACGAUUACACAUAAUUAUGAAUCAGCCACAUAAAUCAAAACGAUAUCGUGCGAGUUGAAGGUGUAUUCAAACUAAACCGUCUAUAGCUCUGUUUGAAUUCAUUUAUGCUAUCUAAGUAGAUAUGCAAUUCACACAAAA